UAGCUUCACAGACUCAACGGUUCACAGCGAGAGAAGAAAGAUGGACUUACAGGCGCAGCAACAGCAGCAGUGGACGAUGAGCGCACAGCCUCAACCCCAUCAUCAACCAUCGUCAUGGUCUGCUUCUUCUCAACCCUAUCACCAACCUACCUCCGUCGAAGAAGUCAGAACCCUUUGGAUCGGUGAUUUGCAGUAUUGGGUAGACGAGAACUACCUUCAUAACUGCUUCUCGCACACUGGAGAGGUCCUUUCGAUAAAAAUCAUACGCAACAAGAUUACUGGUCAACCUGAAGGUUAUGGGUUUGUAGAGUUUGUUUCCCAUGCUGCAGCUGAACAGAUUCUGCAAACAUACAAUGGGACUCAGAUGCCUGGAACAGAACAAACUUUUAGGUUGAAUUGGGCUUCUUUUGGGAUUGGAGAAAAGCGCCCUGAUGCUGGACCUGAGCAUUCCAUUUUUGUGGGGGACUUAGCGCCGGAUGUCACGGAUUAUUUGUUGCAAGAGACCUUUCGAGCCCAAUAUCCAUCAGUUAGAGGUGCCAAGGUUGUUACUGAUCCGAACACUGGCCGUUCAAAGGGCUAUGGAUUUGUUAAAUUUUCUGACGAGACAGAAAGAAACCGUGCAAUGAUUGAAAUGAAUGGAGUAUAUUGUUCAACCAGGCCAAUGCGUAUCAGUGCAGCAACGCCAAAGAAGACCACUGGUUUUCAGCAGCAAUAUCCAGCAGCUAAAGCCAUAUACCCAGCACCAGUCUACACCACACCAACUGUGCAGGCACUCCCAGCAGACAAUGAUUUAAAUAACACUACUAUAUUUGUUGGUGGUUUGGAUCCUAAUGUCACAGAGGAGGAGUUAAGGCAAAUUUUUGCUCAGUUUGGGGAGCUUGUCUAUGUUAAGAUUCCUUUGAGUAAAGGAUGUGGUUUUGUUCAAUUUGGAGCUCGGGCAUCUGCUGAGGAAGCAAUACAGAGGUUGCAUGGAACCAUGAUUGGUCAACAAAUAGUUCGCCUUUCAUGGGGUAGAAGCCCAACAACUAAACAGGACCAACCUGGUGUCUGGGGUCAGCAAGUGGACCCCAGUCAAUGGAGCAGCGCUUAUUAUGGUUAUGGACAAGGUUAUGAUGCCUAUGCUUAUGGUGCUACUCAAGAUCCGUCUUUAUAUGCCUAUGGUGCAUACGCUGGAUAUGGACAAUACCCACAACAGGCAAGAAAUGUUACUCUGGUAUCUGCGGAAUGAUGGUUGACAAUGUUAUAAAUAAUAUAAUCAUGGUUUGUAACAUUUCUCUCUUCAAGAGUACGUAAAAACUGCUAUAAAUGAUGCCAUUAAUGUUUCCACUGUUUUUUUUUUUGGGGUGCAGAUUUUAUAUUUAAUAUGAUUUAUCUAUCGAUGCUUAUGUAUUGUCAUUUUGUCAUAGGUGAUGCUCAGAUACUGUUUUAAAACAAAAAACCACUGAAAAGAUUAUCUAAAACCAUAUAUGUUUUAGUAUUGAUUUUUCAUUCAUUCAUUCUUGGCUGUCUGUUAGAUGAUGAUUUCUUUUUGAAGAGAAUGAGAUGAUUAGGACCUUAAAGAGAGAAGCAGGGUCAAUGCCAUGCAUAAAUGUUCCAUCACUUCGAUUUGAAAAGGGAGCAUUCAUAGGAUUAUAUAACAAGGGAGAAAGAACUCUGCUUGUUUGUGUUCCCCACGCCUAGACACAUGGGGAAGUGGGGGUGGGCUGUGAAAAGACGCCGCUGCCCCUGCCUCCAUGUUGGGAUUUAAAAUGUAACCGCAAGCGUACGGAUCAGUGUAGCUACGGGUCGAACACAGGGAGAGCAGCCACUUUAUUUUUUUAUUUCUUUUAAUAAUGUGAAAGUG